AUGCCUCGUCAUUUGGAAGUACCGCCGGUCAAAGAUCCGGAGCUUCGCCGAUCACCCUCACCACCUCCAUCACGCGCUCAUGUAACAUACAACGACAAAUACGUUGUCGUUUAUGACUUUAGUGAUACAGACUACGAGACAGCCACAAAUGAAUUCACUGCCCUGCUCAAAAACCUGGAGGCUACUGGCCUCCAUGUUGAAGUAAGACCGGGAUAUGAGCAAACAAUCCUGCUCUUUGUAAAGGCGCCAAGCGCGCUUCUCGGGAACAGAGUUUACAAAUUGAGAGUGAGGGAUUGGCUAUAUGGCGUCACUCAAACGCGGCCACCGGGCAAUAAGUAUACCAUCGUGCGAGCAUGGUACGAGGCUGAAGAUAUUUUGUCCAUGGACCAUUUGGUCAACUGGCCACAAUCCAUGGGAGGAGCGGGCAUCACUCCAGGCAUCGGUCAAUGGAAGAAUGUCAAGGCUAUUUACCCUAUGCACAAUGAUAAAGUCAACCAGGCACUCCUACGGGGUCUCAGUAAGAAGCUGCUCCUUGGUAUCGAAGACUUGGACAAGAUUCGAGACCUUUUCGGUUCAAAAGUAUCAUUUUACUUUGCAUUUGGUCAAUCAUAUUCGGCUUUUCUCAUCUUCCCCGCCAUUACCGGCCUCUUCACCUGGCUAUGGCUUCCCAAGUACUCCAUCGUUUAUACAAUCCUAACUGUUGUUUGGUGCACCGUCUUCCUAGAGUACUGGAAAGUCCGAGAAGUCGACCUGAGUGUUCGUUGGCAGGUGAGAGGCGUAAACAAAACAAAGACAAAUCGACCAGAAUACAAAUAUGAGAAGGUCAUUGUGGACCAAUACGGUCGAACUAUUCACUACAGUCCCAAGUGGAAACAGAUUUCACGGCAGCUUCUCCAGGUGCCUUUCAUGGCCAUCGCUACUGUAGCGCUCGGCAUUCUGAUUAGUGCAGUAUUCGCCGUUGAGAUUCUGAUAUCCGAUUCAUAUGAUGGUCCGAAUAAUUUCUACCUUGAUUAUUUACCUACGGUGUUACUGGCUGUUCUGAUUCCCUAUAUCAGUUCAUACCUUGAAACAGUGGCCAAGUGGUUAACAAACUAUGAGAACCACCGAACGGCGGAUAACCACGAAAUGUCUCUCACACAAAAGAUUUUCGUUCUCAGCAUCAUCACAAACUAUUUGCCCAUCCUACUCACUGCCUUUGUCUAUGUGCCCUUUGGCGACCAAAUAUUCCCUUGGCUCGAGGGCCACAUUGUUCGGUUCGCGCCCAGUAUCGGCCACCAUCUCACCGAAAUACCUUUCCGACUGGACUCUGACCGUCUGCGCCACGAGGUCAUUACGUUGACUGUUACUGGACAACUGUCCAGCUUUUUCGAGGAAAACAUCUUGCCAUUGAUCAAGCAUAAAAUGAGCGGCUGGUAUCGAGAAUACCGCCGCGCUUAUACAAAGGAUACGAUUCUCAUCUCCAUGGUUACCGACGAUCAGGACGAGGCCGAGUUCUUGGAAAAGCGCCGCAACGAAGCAACAUUAGAGCACUAUAAUGUUCAGGAUGACAUUGCAGAGCUUGUUCUUCAGUUUGGAUACCUGGCCCUGUUUUCGUCUGCCUGGCCGCUUAUUCCACUGGGCUUCCUCAUCAACAAUUGGGUCGAGCUUCGAUCCGAUUUUGCAAAGAUUAGCAUCGAGCACCAGAGACCUGCACCAGUCCGGGCAGAUGGUAUUGGGCCUUGGAUCGUGUCUCUGGAAAUUCUCGUGUGGCUAGGGAGUAUCACAUCCGCAUCGAUUGUUCAUUUGUUCAGCACGGAUGGAGUUUUGAGCGGGGGCUGGUCGACUCUGCCGCUGACUAUCUUCAUCAGUGAGCAUAUUCUCCUCGCUUUAACGGCAGUGGCUCGCGUCAUUUUCCAGCGUUUUGGCUCCAAGGAGCUACGCAGAGAGAGGAGCGAGCAGUACGCAAGAAGACUGUCCAUCUUGGAGGAGAUUGAGGAGCAUAAGCGUGACGGAGAGCACAUUGGUCCGAGAGAGCGAGAGCGCAGAAAAUCACUGCUAAUUGCGGGCAAUGAGAGUUUCUGGACAAAGCAGUUGGAAGACGGGGCGAGUGCGGCAGCUGGGAUGAAGCUGAUUACGCUGGCGAGAAAAUGGGAAGAGUCGAAUGGGGAGAUCAAGAAGAAACAGUAG